GAUCGCUACCAGUAACACAGCAAGGGGUUAUUUUGUGGGGCUCCUCUUCUCUCAUUGGGGAUCUGUCUCUGGCCAGGGCCUGAGGCAGCUCUCUGUCACCUUUGGAGAGUCAGCAGUGAGGGUCAGAAUGAAUAUAGCACUGAAAACCUCUUCUUGCUGUCCAGCCGCUGCAGCUUCCGCACGCUGGUGCAAGCUGGCGAGGCAGGAUUGCGUCCGCUCGGCAGCCAGACCUCCCAUGGAAUCUCCCUGACACACCGCUGACCUGCUCCCACCUCCUCCAAGCACUAAUGUGUGAUCCUGGGGCUGGGGGGAGCUUUCUUCACUACCUGACCAGGUUUGAGGAUGCUCAGAAGGUCCAUAACCUCCAGCUGUGGCAAGCGCUAGAAGAGCACCAGGGCACUUGGGAGUGGCAGGCAGACCGGCUCAAACCCCACCGCUCAGCCUGGCAGAUCUUCCACAAGUACUUGGUGCAUGGUGCGCCAUGUGAUGUCGGACUCAGCUCCGAUAUGCCACAUUACAUCCAGCAUCUCCAGGAGAUGCUCAGCUCCAGCAACCAACCUCUGGAGCCUUUGGCCUUGGAGCCAGUGGCUCAGCAUGUGCUCGCUGUUCUCUGUGAGGCUUGGCUCCGCUACCUCCGCUAUGAGAUAGCCACCUUCCUGGAGUACUGCACCCCAGCCUCUUACUUGGAAGUGCAGGAUGUCAGGAGCAAAGACAGUAGAAUAAAGCAGAGAAGAGACAGGGCCAGGAAGAGGAAGGAAAAUACCAGCUUUCAUGCCCAGGAAGGCAGAGAGCAGCAAAGGAGGCGGCGAAAGAAAGCAGCGGCCAAGCCCCAGGGCUCAGGCCAGGCUGGCCUGGCAAGCGGGGAAGGGUCAGUGACACCCCAGCGUGCCCUGGACCUGCUCAACAACAAGGUGGUUUUCAAAGCCUACAGAAAGGCGGCUCAGGAAAUGCAAGAUGCAGGGCUCCAGAGGGUGCUGGGGCUGUUGGAGGAGCUGGAGCGGUGCCAGGCAGCCCCAGAGGGCAGGAUGCGGCUGAACUGUGUGCUGAAGCUCCUGGACCUCUGGGACCAGCAAGGGGCUGGUCCGCUGAGACCUCCUCUCCCCAGGGAGCUGAGGAAGAGACUGAGGGCACAGGUGGGCCAGGGAGGAGUAAGCAACUCAAGCAUGGAUGAAAUCAAAGCUGCCUUGUAUGCGCACGUUGCUCCGGCCUUCGAGAGCUUUUGGGCUGAGGUGAGCGAGGGGCUGGGCAGGCACGGAGUACAGCCCUCCCAGAUGCAAGACGAGGGCUGGCCCAAACUUCAGCCACUCCUGCAUUUGCUGGCUGCCAAGGUGGCCCUCAAGCGUCUAAAGAACAGGAAAGCCGCGGUGGGGUCAGCAGCUACAGCCCAGCCCAGCCAGGAAGACAAGGCCUCCUUCUGCCAAUUCCUCAGGGCUGCUGCCGAAGGCUGGCCCACCCUGGAGAUGCUGCACUUCCUCAAACACCUGCAGGUCCAUGGCCCCCCUGUGCUGGAGCACGGCCUGCACUUCCAGCUGGAGGUGCAGAAGUUCAAGAACGCCCAUCACGCCAUGCCGGACAGGGCUCUCCUGAGGAAGAAGGUGCAGGUGAUCCGCAACUGCUUCCUUGUCUCCCAGCUGGAGCCCCGGCUGCAGGUGGCGGUGGAUGCUGAGAAGCUGGGGAGAGCUGUCCGGGCAGCUGAGCAGGCCCUCCAGCAGGAUGCCCCAACACCACCUCCCGGCCUGUUCGAUGAGCUGAGGGACUCAGUCUUCAGCACCCUACUGCCGUACUGGGCUGGGUUCCGAAAGGCCUGGCUGAAGCGGUCGCUUGAGAGUGCCCAGAGAGCCCCGGUACUGAGAGCCCAGCAGCUCCUACAGCAGAGACGGGCCCUGUUUGAGCGGUCCCAGGGCCCACCACAAACAUUCCAGCUGCCUCCUCUGCAGCAGCGCGCCAACGUGAAGGGGAGCAAGCAGCAGGACAGCUUCACUUACACCUUCUCCGUCAGCAGGGGCAUUGCCAUGAAGGCCUCCAGCAGAGAAGAUACGAGCACCCGCACUUCUGUGUUUGGAAACGGCAAGAGGUCAGCACAAGUUCAACUUCCUCCCCUUCCCACGGUACCGGUGCUGCUCUGAACAGGACAGAAAGUGCGCUAGCCUACAGCACCCACUGCAGAGCCGUAACGCUGGCAACACGAAUGGCAGCUCGAGGUGGCCAGUGUGCUGCAAAAUCAAGCUCUGAGCUGUUUUUAAACACAGGGAAGGCCAACAGCUAGGAGAGAGAUCUGGGAACAGUGGCCCUGUGCUGUAGGGUGGCAUGGUAAAGCAAGGCUUGGGCACCCCACUGGAAGUUCAAGGUCCCUUGGCACCGAGAGAAAACCUGGGAGUCUUGGCCAAAGUCCCUCUCAUUAAGGCAGGUUUCAAUUAGCCAGGCUGGACACAAGCUCUUGCUGAACCCAGAAGAGCUGAGGCAGCUGCCUGCGUUCUCAGUGCUGCUGCAGUAGCUGAUUCAGUGCACCGGGGAGCACCAGAUCUGCUCUCUUCUUCCACGAAAAGGCCAAUACCUCCCCCCGCCAGCAUUUCCUCCUCCUCCUCCUCCUCCUCAAAGGACCAGGUUAACAUUAAUCACAUGGCAGUGAGCAGCCCUUGUAGGAAAAGUCCUCGUAGAGCGACUGAGAGCCAAGAUCACAGUGGGGUAUCUGUGUGAUGUUAAGGGUUAAAAGAAGAACAGGAGUACUUGUGGCACCUUAGAGACUAACAAAUUUAUGAGAGCAUGAG